CCUUAAAACAUUUUCGCAGUCCUUGACUAUCCUCUCACGACUGCUCGAGGACUCCAAGUCGUGGUACUCGGACGACAUCUAUCUGCUGACGGCGAGGAUCAUCAAAGAUUGCGCUGAGCUGUACGUCAAGAUUGACAAGAUUUUGGCGAAGCUAGGCAGCAACGGAAACAGCACGCGGAGACUCCGAGUGAAGUUUGUCUACAAGGAGGAACAGAUCAAAAAGUUGAUAAGGCAGCUCCGAGACUUGAAAGGGACCUUGGCUACGAUUUUGAUGAGCCUUCAAGUCGAUUUGCAACUUUCUUUGCUGAACAUCUCGAGUUCCAGCAAGAUCCAACGGCUGGUGGACAAACCGUUGCAGCCUGAGACAAUCAAGACUUUGAAGGAAGCCAAAGAGGCCGUUGAAGCAGCAAAGUUUCUGCCGAAGUACAGUGAAAGCCCAGAACCAGAACCAUUCAUCUCUCCACGAAGCAUCACGAAACCUCAAUCGAAUUCAAAUCAGUAUCGAGGUGCCGCCGAGCUUGAAAGUAUGUCGACCUCAGUUUCUGCUCACGCGGCAUCAGGAAGCAUUAAGUCCAACACCCCAACGCUCUCGCAUGUAUUCAAUAUCGCUCAGGGCUUUGUGGUGCUGCCAUCGACAGCAGAAAUGGCAUCUUCGCAAGCUACGGAACAAGAUAACCCAACUUUAACCAUCAGGAAUGCGAUUUCGGAAGUGGAACAAAAAAGUAUCAAGUCCUCGUCAUCAACAGAGAGCUUCAAGAGCGCAAUAUCGUUGCAAGAGGCGAAUAUUAAUAUAGCACGUCAAGUCAAAGCAGUUCAAGCAGUGACGCAUUCUUUUCGCACGGCCCUUCAUAUUCUUCACAGUCUAAUUGAAAGACGGAUGCCAGAAAAGGGCGGACAAGUUUAUGUCGCAGCAAAGGACCUCCAGGAUUCAUUGUACGAUCGCAGCAAAGAGAUUGACGGAAAGCAUAUUGCAAAUUUCAAAAAGUAUGGGCAGGUUUACAUCGAGAGAUUCACAUCGAAAGUUUCCGCCAAGCUGCAAGACAUUAGUUUGACCAUCAUGCGAGAAGUUGUGAUGAGACUGCAUGUGUAUUCCGCUGAACAUGAGGACCUCCUAGAAUCGGGCUUCGAAGCUCUUUGCAAGUGUUCGGAGAAUUGUUCCCGCCAAAUUCUCGUGUAUCUCGAGCGGCUCGUGCCAUCCCAAAAAGGACUUUUCGACCAUGAACUCUUAGUGGAGCUCCCAGCGGCCACCGACGAGCAUCCUAUUCCAUCUCCUGGGACUGGGCGACGGUUUCAAGGAUGGGACUUGAAUAUUGGGGAGAAACCGGCCGUUCCGCAGCCUCCAACCUUGGAGGUAUCAGGAAAGAGAAUUGCGAAAUCAGAUUCGUCGUCGGAUGAACGACCAGCACUACACCAUUUUUGCUGCCUUGAGAAUAAUGGACCAGAAUUAUCGCUUCCCUUCAUUGGCUAUACUUUUAAACGAUUUGACAAUUCUAUCGCCAACAGGGACACCAUUCCCCCUUCAACGUCAACUCCAAUACAUUCUGUUCCGCAGACAGAGCCUUUCGUCCUGCCAAAUCUCCCUCCUCAUUCCCCAACCACCCAAGCGAGGGUUUCGCAAGACUAUCCAGUAUUCAAUCCCAUUCUUCAAGACUCCGAGUUCCAGACUUUUAACCGUGGAGCCGUUGAACCGAAUCCUGAUUCCAAGCUCGACGUACUUCAAGACUUCGAUUUCGAUUCUUUUCUUCACCAGAACGAAGAUGCAUCGGGAUUCGGUGUCCCUAUCAAUGCCGGACUUCCAGGUGCUCCCUAUUCUCGCAACCAGCGACAUGGAAAAGCAUAUAAUGGUCAGACUACUAUUUCGCCUCCUGAAGAGGAACCUCCAGUCUACGUCAAUGCCAAACAAUUUCAUCGAAUCUUGCGACGUCGUGCGGCUAGACAGUCACUAGAAGAUGAAUCUCCCGCCCGGAAACCAGAGGCAGUUCAUUCGGACGCGUUGAACGAACAACCCAGGAAUAACGAGACGAUAGAUUCUGCGGCACAAGCGUUUGGCUCGGUCGCGAGUCCCAUUUCUACGUUGCCAGGAAGCCGAACUCAAAGUGAGAAAGGCCUUGCACCGCUUCAAGUUUCGGCUUUUAGCGCGUCUUCAGGAAGCUAUACUAUCCCAGCGGAUGUGCAUCGUGCAUCACGGCUACCUGUCGAAAGGCGUGCCCGGAGUCCAGCGGCUUCGGCUUCAGCGAGAUUUCGUGAACGCCGAAGACAGAAAGAUAAGGAGGCAAUGGAGCGUGGAGCUAACAGAAAUGGCGAGAAACUCCCAGGACCGCCAAUGGGAGUGCCACUCAGUUCCUCGCCAUCCCAAUGUGCCACUCAGCUUCUGUCUUCUGAACUACACCCCAUUGCCACUUCCACAGGGCCGUAUAAUGUCCCGGUUGAUGUAAUUACAUCCUCACGAUCAUUUGACGAGAAGCGAGCUCGCAACGCAGGAGCUUCAGCGCGAUUUCGCGCACGCCGAAAGGAGAGGGAGAGGGAGGCGACAGAGAGAGAAGCAAGAGAGGAAGGGAAGGAGGCUAAAAGAAGCAUCGAAAGGCUCUCUGCACCAUCUGAUGAGGCGUCUUCGAUGAUUGGAAAAACAGAUUCCGAAUUUCACGGCAUAGUUAUGAGUGCGAGCCCAUAUCGCCGAGUACUUGGAUAUGCAAGGACUGGACCACAUCAAACCUUUGCGGCUUCUCCAUCGGGUGAUAAGCCAAAACGAAAUCUUCUUCCUCCCCUUGCGAUCAACUCCUUCACAGGAUUGCCACCAACAAUUUCAGUGUGCCCACCUCCACCAACACAGCACGCAAGCUCUCGCCCAGACGUGUGCCUAUCUCUUUCACUAUCGCAGGAUAGCAAGCUUUGGUGGCGGUCAUUUGCCUCAACAUUACGUUCGAAUUUCCCAGCUUUUGAGGUCCCGCGUUUUGAGUUUUCAACUGAACUUGGUUUCCUGACCAACUUCCCCCUUGACGAUGAGAAAAUUUGCAAGCAGAUUUCGUCCGAUAUCGAACGUCUUGGAAGAAGAAACCAUCACCACAGGCACCAAGCUGAGGACUUGAACGAAAUCUUAGAGAUCAGGUCCAAUGUCCUACGUAUUAUGUCUACUAUCGACGAGCAAUUGGGCCUCCAAGUCGCGACAUUCGGAUGGAGUUGUGUGUGUAUCUUUCUACAUGUUUACGAACGCAUCCUGGAGAAGAACUUUAUUCCCCCGGAAGCGAUUGAUUGGACAAAUAAGGCUUUCCCUCAAUUUCAAGACAUCGUCGCCACCAUAGCGCGCUACGCCGUGAUGGAGAACCUGUACCAACAAUCUGGCGGCGCAUUGUCACUUGAAUCCGAUUACCAAUCUGCACUUUUGUCCCUCUGUUCGAAGAUACUGGAAUAUUUCGCUGUGUCACUCACUCUUGGACGAGCCAUGUCAGGGGAUGAUCACACAACAGGACAGAAACAAGCCUUCGUGGACGCCUGUGAGCAGCUAAUGGAGACAAUAAGAGAGAAAGAUAGAAUAUGCCAAGGCUUCCAAGUGGUUGUUGAGGCGAAGGAGGAGAGUGAAAGUGAACCUGAGGCGGAAAUCGAGGAUGUGAGCGAUGACAGCUGGGAAGAGGUGCGUGUUCCUUCGAGUGAGGACGGGCUCAUUGACCUUGAUACCGCGAUUGUUUGAUUUCCUUUCCUAGCUAUCUAUGGCGUUAAAGGUCCCGGAGUUCUUGGCUUCUCAGCUCUGAAGAGGUAUUGGAAAGGGGCUUGCUAGUGUCCCACUUG